GCUUUUAAUAGCCUCUCAAUAGUGAAUACGUUGAACCAGUUUUGCAAACAGAAUCAGUUUUUCUCUCACUUUAGUCUGCAUUCUUUUCAAGGACACCGGGAUAGUAGAUGGCCAGCACUUGCACAUUCGAAGACUUCGACUUCGAAGAGGAAAUCAGAGUUUGUUGCUAUUCAACUCCUUCGUUUGCCUUGGGUUGACCUUGUUGGGAAAGAAAUUUGGAAAGUUGAACAAAAUUGCUUGCAAUGUCCGAUUGAACGUGGAAGCUGGCGAAUUAUAAAAGCUUUUCGAUUGAUCGAUAAUGGCAUCAGUUCAUUCAUAGCUCGAUUGCUGUCUAGAAGUGUUCUCCGUAGCAAAAUAUUUUGAAUCAUGUCUGCUAAAGUGUGUAUCGUGCUAAUUGCCUGCAUCGGCGCCAUUGCCGCCCAGCACUAUUAUCAGCAAGCUAAUCACGAAGAAGAACACUACGCUCCCGCUCACUACGAGUUCAACUACGACAUCCACGACGAUCACACCGGAGAUGUGCACGGACAGAAGGAAGUUCGGGAGGGCGACAAGACCCAAGGUGAAUAUUAUCUGAUCGAUGCCGAUGGCCACAAGCGCACCGUUACUUACCAGGUCGAUGGCAAGAGUGGAUUCAUCGCCCAGGUUCACCGCGAGCCCAUCAAGGGAUACCAGGCCCCGCAACCAGUGCAAAAAAUCUUGGCGGCUCCAGUGCAACAGCACUACUAUCAACACUAGAUAAUUGAUCUGAGUAUGAUAUGAUGGUUAGUAAUAAUGUAGUGCAAUUGAAAUA